UGGUGUGGACUGCGCUUUAUUUCCAAACAGCUGAUGUGAUGAUUCUUUAAUUUACGAUAAAUGAGUUUUUCAAUUUUAGUGUACUGCGAUAAAUGUAAAUAAGCUGUAACAAUGGCAGAAAUACAAACUCUUGUUGAAAUGGGAUUCUCCAAGGAAAGAGCUGAGAAAGCUCUGGCUGUUACAAAUUAUAAGGGUGUUGAACCUGCCAUGGAAUGGCUAUUGGCUCAUGCUGAUGACCCCGCAAUGGAGAGUGGACAAACUAUCGGCAGUAAUACAACUGCAUCUACAUCAUCUACUGAUACUGCACCAUCUUCAGCUACUGACGCUGCAUCGGAGACCAAGCCAGAGGAAGCAAAGUCCUUCAAAUGUGAUGAGUGUGGAAAACUCUUCAAGAGUCAAGAUGAAAUGGAGUUCCACGCAGCGAAAACCAACCACAGUAGUUUUUCAGAAUCCACAGAGGAGAAAAAACCACUGACAGAGGAAGAAAAGAAGGCGCAACUGGCACUUCUUGAAGAGAGAAUGAAACUGAAACGGAAAGAAAGAGAGGAAAAAGAAAAGGCUGAAGCAUUAGAAAGAGAACGUCUACGCAUCAAGUCUGGUAAAGACCUGCAGGAUGCACGUCUGAGGUUACAAGAGCAAGAAAUGCAAAAGUUGGUGGAGCAGCGUCGUCGUGAGAAGGUCGAGGACCAAAAAGCAAGAGAACGAGUUAGAGCACAAAUUGAAGCGGACAAACAAGCUAGGAAACUAGCCGCAUCAGGUCAGACAGCUCCGCCGGCUGCAGCGCCUGCGCCAGUCCCGCCGCCGGCCGCUGCUCCAGCCCCCAAGGUGUCCUACGAACAGGCAAGGAUCCAGAUUCGAUUACCUGAUGGAAAAGCUUUGGCUCACACGUUUGGCGCCAAGGAACAACUUGCCGCUGUGAGGUUAUACCUGCAAAUGAAUGCUCAGGAAUUCGCACAAGAAGAUAGUUUCAAACUGAUGACGACAUUCCCGAAGAAAAUCUUCACUACUGAAGAUUACGAAAAACCUUUGGAAUUAUUAGGUUUGGUACCGUCUGCCGUGAUCAUAGUGUCAAGAGGUCAAUAAGUGGAAACAAUCUCGAUACAGUUAUGCUUGUUUAUUGAUUCGAGUGGUAUUGGUAUAUGGCUAACAGGUAUUAAUAUAAAAUGAAUAUUAAUAA